CGGAACGGGUCUGAUUAAAACAUAUUGUGUGUUGGGUGCAACCGGUGCAACAUAGUGGCCGGCUCGAAAAACUACCCCACAAACAGUACAAGUUCAUUUGUUUGAAGUUAACGCAGCAAAAUAAACGCUCCGUCCAACAUGGUGAAUGAAAAGGAGAAACGGUCCUUUUGCGUGAUCGGUGCCGGUACCGCUGGGCUCUGCGCCGCUCGGCAUGCCCUGCAGGCGGGCGGCACGGUGACCGUGUUCGAGAUGGGCAAGCAGCUGGGCGGAACCUGGGUGUUCAACGACGAGAUCGGCAAGAACGAGUACGGGAUCGAUGUGCACUCGAGCAUGUACAAAGGCCUGAAGACGAACCUGCCGAAGGAGAUCAUGGGCUACCCGGACUUUCCCAUUCCGGAGCAGGAAAGUUCGUACAUCCCGGCGGAGGAUAUGCUGCACUUCUUCCAGCUGUUCGCCGAAACGUACGGAAUUCUAGAGCACAUCCGCUUCAGCCACUACGUGGUGCGAGUGAAGCCCACGAUCGAUGACAAACGCUGGGAGGUGAUCGUCCGCGAUUGCCCCAACGACAAGCUUCUGACCUACACGUUCGAUUAUGUUCUGGUAUGCAAUGGCCACUACCACACGCCGAACUUACCAAAAUACUCCGGAGCGGACGUGUACGAGGGCAUUCAGAUGCACAGCCACGAUUACCGGAGUAAUGAGCGGUUCGAGGGCGAAACCGUUCUGGUCAUCGGUGCGGGCCCGUCCGGAAUGGAUAUGGCGUACGAGAUCUCCAAAAAGGCGGUCCGCGUCACGCUGAGCCAUCACCUGAAGGACAAGCCCCAGACGGUCUUCCCCAGCAACGUGACCCUGAAACCGGACGUAGUGUGUUUGACGAAAACGGGGGCCGUGUAUGCGGACGGAACCAGCGAGAACUUUAGCGUGGUGUGUUACAGUACCGGCUACAAGUAUACGUUCCCGUUCCUGAGUGCCGACUGUGGCAUCACGGUGCAGGAUAACUACGUUCAACCGCUGUACAAACACUGCAUCAACAUCCGCUACCCGACGAUGGCCUUCAUCGGGCUUCCGUUCUACGUGUGCGCGGCCCAGAUGAUGGAUCUACAGGCACGGUUCUGCAUCAAGUUUUUCGGUGGCGACAAGGCGCUGCCCACGCCGGAGGCAAUGGCUUCCGAUACGGCGGCCGAGAUGGAGGAGCGCUGGAAGCGUGGGCUGAAGAAACGACAGGCACACAUGAUGGGACCCGUCGAGGACAGCUACUACGAAGAUCUGGCUCGGACCGCCGAAAUCGACCCGAUCAAGCCCGUCAUCAAGAAGCUGCACAAGAUCAGCGCAAUGCGCUUUUCGCAGGAUUUGGUCAACUUCCGGAAAGACAAGUUCCGGAUAGUGGACGACGAAACGUUUGUGAAGGUACAGUAAGGGGCCGCGACUGCGUGUCGCUGAAGCCAGUAAGGGUAGCUCGUGCGUGACCAAAGGACCGACUGUCGGGAUGUGAUUCGUGAUUACCUGGUAAGAUAAGCUUAGUACGGCCACUAGUAAUGCCGACCAAUAAUAUAUAUGUGAAUAAAGUUCAUUU